AUGAGUACAGCAAAGUUGACGGCAGAUAGUCGGUACGAAGUCAGGUUACCAUUUAAAGAUAAUCAUAGUGUUGUCUCGAGUAAUUACGAAAUUUCACGCAAUCGUUUAAUAAAAACCAUAGAGAAAUUAAAAUCUGAAAAAUUGUUCGAGGCUUAUGGUAAUAUUUUUAAGGACUGGUUGUCGGAAGGUAUUAUUGAGGAAGUCUCGAAAACAGAGAAGAAGGAGUCGAAUCACUAUUUACCACAUAGGCCAGUUAUUAAAGCACAUGGUACAACAACGAUAGGACCAGUUUUUGACGCGUCAUCGUGUAAAAAAGGAAGUCCUUCGUUGAAUCAGUGCUUGGAAAAGGGCCCGAAUUUAAUUGAAUUGGUUCCUUCGGCACUUAAUCGUUUUCGCGAGUACGAAAUCGGUGUAGUGUCAGAUGUAAAAAAGGCCUUUUUGCAAAUUGGUAUCAAUGAAUUGGAUCGGGACUAUCUUCGCUUUUUAUGGUUAGAUGGGGGACAGAUAAAGAUAUUUCGUCAUCGUCGAGUCGUUUUCGGGUUGGCGUGUAGCCCCUUCUUAUUAGCAGCUGUUAUCGAAUUAAUUUUGAUAAGAGCAAUAGAAAAAUCGAAGUCAGAAAAUAGUACGGACUGGUCGGUAAAUUCGGUGGAAAAAUUAAGAGAUUCUUUUUAUGUCGACAACUGUGUCACAAGCGUGGAAACAAUAUCGGAAAGAGAAAAAUUUGAACAUGAAGCAAAAGCGAUUAUGGCUACAGGGAGUUUUGAUUUGCGUGGGUGGGAGUACACGGGAGACUGUACGGAGAGCGAGACAACGUUAGUGUUGGGGCUUUUAUGGAAUAAGCGAAAAGAGGUGAUGUCAAUUAAUCCCGCGAUUUUAAAUAUAGAGAAACCAGAUAAAGUCUCGAAAAGAACAAUGUUGUCAGCUGCUCAUCGAGUUUUCGAUCCUAUAGGCUUUUCCGCUCCAGUAACCUUGCUACCAAAAUUGUUGCUACAAGAACUGUGGUCCGAGAAAGUCGAGUGGGAUACAGUAAUUGAAGAUAAGCGAGGGGAAAUAUUUUUGUCGUGGUUAGAAAAUUUAAAAUUGUUAAAAAACGUGGAAAUACCGCGCAAAAUUGGAAAGGGAGUUUUAACUUUACAUAUGUUUAGUGACGCUAGUGGAGUAGCGUAUGCUGCGACAGUUUUCGUAAGAGCGGAUUAUCUCGGAGUAAUUAACGUACAAUUGAUUAGCGCUAGAUCUCGCAUAGCUCCGAAAGGAGCGACUAUUCCUCGACUGGAAUUAAUGGCAGCGACAAUCGGCGUUAGGUUGACAGAUGCGACCCUGAAAUCUAUGACUCGCGAGGUCAAUAAAGUCACGUAUUGGACGGAUUCAUCGACAGUUUUAGCGUGGAUUGGUCGCGAUAUACAAUGGGGCACGUUUGUCCAUAAUAGAGUCAAGGAGAUUAGAGCGCUUUCUAGGAUUGAAGAUUGGCAGCAUGUACCCGGAGAAUUCAACCCAGCAGAUCUUCCGUCUCGCGGUUGCACUCCCUCGCAAUUGUUAGAGUCAAAAUGGUGGAGGGGACCAAAAUGGUUAUACGCGCAGCAAGAGGAAUGGCCGGUUUCGGGUUGUAAAAUUAACGAGAAUGAGGUCGAAAAAGAGAAAAAGAAAACAAUAGUGGUUCAAAUGGUAAACAAGGAAGAAAUUCAACUCGAUAUUAGUACUCGGUUUUCUUCCUACACUAAGUUGUUGCGUUUUAUUGCUUUGGCUUUAAGAUUCGUUAGAAAUUGCAGAACGCGAAUUCAAUCACGAAAAACUAAGGACAAAUAUCAGUCGAUAGAUAAACAAGAUCAAGAAAAUCAAUUAACGUCAAAAGAAAUAGAAAUUGCCGAAAUACGUUUAAUGCAAAAUUUGCAAAAAGUUAUGUUCGAUUUAAAAUCAACGAAUAAAUUGUCCUCAUUAAAAACAACGGUAAAUGAAAAUGGUUUAAUUGUUGUGAAAACGAAAAUUUUCAACCGCGAAGACAAUUUGAAUUUUCUCUGUCCGGUAGUAUUAGAUAAUAAACAUGACGUUAUAAUUUUAUUGGUGCGAGAAACACACGAGAAAUUAGGUCAUGCAGGAAGUCUUACGGUCAUGAGUAGUUUACGUGAAAAAUUUUGGAUAAUAUCAGCGCGAAGAAUAGUAAAAUCAGUCAUUUCAAAGUGUGUUAUUUGUCAAAGACAGAAAGCAAAACACGCAGACUGUGAGUCUCCCCCCUUACCAACAAAUAGAGUGCGUGACGCAUUAGUCUUCGAAGUAACAGGUGUCGAUUUUGCGGGUCCACUUUUCUUGCGGGGUGGGGAAAAGGCGUGGAUAGUAAUUUUCACGUGUGCCGUGUAUAGGGCGGUACAUUUUGAACUAGCUUCUUCGUUAUCUACAGACGAGUUUAUGGAUUGUUUUCGCAUGUUUAUUGCCAGACGUGGGAGACCAAAAUACAUGCACAGUGAUAAUGGGACAAAUUUUAAAGGUUUAGCCAAUGCGUUGAAGAGAUUAAAUUGGGAAAUCAUAGCUAAAAGAACAUCGACCAUGGAAAUAAAUUGGGUGUUUAACCCACCGUCAGCGCCCUGGUGGGGGGGAUGGUGGGAGAGGCUCAUAGGCGUGUUAAAGACAAUCCUUAGAAAAAUUUUAGGUAGGGCAAGCCUCACAUACGAAAGUAUGAUAACGACACUUUGUGAUGCGGAAGCCAUAGUUAAUUCACGACCUUUGACCUACGUCUCUGAAGAUCCUGACGACCUCAAGCCUUUGACACCAUCCAUGUUUCUGCAAGAAAUUCGCGAAAUAGGGGUUCCAGAUUUGGACAUGUUGUAUACCGAAAAAUUGAAUAAAAAAUUAAAAUAUAGACAAAAGAUUUUCAAUGAUCUCAGAGCGAGAUUUCGUUCCGAGUAUCUGGGCCAACUAACUUUAAAAAAUUCGAAAAAAGAAACACGUAAAAUAAAUAUCGGAGACGUUGUUUUGAUCGGAGACGAUAAUUUGAAGCGCAUUGACUGGCCUCUUGCACUCGUAGUAGAUUCUAUUGCGGGUCGAGAUAAUGAAUGUAGAGUGUUCGUACUGAAAACAAAAAAAGGUAUAUUAAAGAGAGCCAUUCAGAGAAUUUACCCGUUAGAGGUAACAAGUAAAGAAACUGUAAACGACCUUCGAGCGAAACGAAAUGAAAAACAAAAUAAGACUGAUAGAAAUAAAAAUGUUGAAUGUGUGAUGAAUGACAACUCUCAGAAUGAAUGUGACAAAGACGAAAUUGUAAUCACGAGAUCGGGACGUAUUAGCAAAAAACCAAUACGAUAUAAUAAUUGA